AUGAUACAUCUUUUUGUAAACCUCUGUUUGAUUCUCACUUGUCUUUCUGGGGGAGUCGCUAUCGACCUCAAAAUAACGCAAAGCGAACUUCAACAAUUUGUAAACACAAUAUGGAGAUUAGAGAAGACAAAAGUGGACUUCAGAACCAACUUUUGGAUAGAUCUUCAAGGGAAGCUUGCAGAAGGAGCUUCAAUGGACAUGGCACCAGGUCCACUCUUCCAACUUUGGACAAGUCCAUUUUCAAAUACGAUUCCCGCGUUUAUGGAUCUUCUGGAUAACUAUCAUUGGUCUGUGGGCAUCAAAGAACAAAUGAGUAGCAAAGAGCAGAAAGAAGUGGAAACGUUUCUAAGUGAAUUGAUGAAGACGGAGACUAUGAAACAGACAUUUGCGUUUUUGCGAAAUAAAGGACUGAACGUGAGGACAGAAGAGGAUUUCAAACAAAUGCUUAAGAGCAUUUGGUUCACACUUUACAGUCGAAAACGCGUAAAUGAUUCGUCAGCGUUUGAGCACGUCUUCGUUGGUGAAAAAAGAGGUCGGGAAAUAUCCGGACUGCAUAACUGGAUCCGAUUCGCUCAGAUGGAGAAAGCAGGGAUGCUGGAUUACAGGGGCUUCUUUACCACGAAUUGUGGAAACCCUCCUCUCUUGGUGACAAUAUCUUUUGUGACGCAUGACGGCGCAGUGAAAUCAAAGGGAAGUUUGCUUAUUGGAACAUCACCAGAAUUUGAAUUUGCCCUGUACACCACGGUGUUCACAGGAGGUAGAAGCACCGUCACUGUCAAACUGGAUUCUUGUCGAAUCACGGUUCGUUGCUACUCACUUCACAAGACCGACACAAUGGGCACCUGUUUUAUAAUUUGA